GUGCGCUUUAUGAGAUUUACCAGCAGGGGGUGUAUAUUGUCAGCGGCUGUCUGUCCUAUUUUCCUGCUCCAGUCCACUUGCUGUCAAGGCUGCUCCGUCCCAUGCUUUGUAUGCAUGCAGUUUCAUUUUCUGGGACGAUUUGCUGUUAUUUUGAAGACCUGCGUUAACAUUGCACAUUCUUUUUUUAACACACACACACAGAGUCCAUUGCAAAUGCAGCAGUUUCCGCUGUAGUACUGAUGGCGAUCGUAGGGAGAAGUCUCGUUCGGUGGCGCUCAGAUCUCACCCCUUUGCGCAGCCACCACCUUGUGAACAAGGCGAUCCUGUUUUAGACGCAUACUUCUGAGGGUGCUAACGGGACAAGGAAAAGAAUAUGUCCUGGAAAACAUCCCGCCCACAAAUUUAAGAAAAGGUACAUUGUGAAGAGAGGUAUUUACCGGAAAUGAUCUCAUCAAUCAGCACUGCACUACAAAAAAAAAAAAAAAAAAUCCACACUAAACAAAGAGAUUUAGCCAAGGCUUGAGCGACCGCAUUCAACCCGCCCCCGUCUCUGCCCAUAGGCUGCGCAGACCCUGGCGGCUGUCAAAGCCAUCUGCUUCAUUUGUCUGUGACAAUGUCGGUCAGCGCAGUCCAGGGUUUCCGCUGAGAUUGGUGCAGAGUCGGAUUUGUUUUUGGAUGGAGGAAGAAUACCGGUAAAUAAUCAGAGACUUGGAGUAGAAAGAAAGCCAGGAUGAACAUGGAAACCCUGAGCAAGGCAGAGCUGCUGAUGCUGUUCAGUGUCCUGGAGGGUGAGCUUGAAGCGAGAGACCUGGUCAUUGAAGCUCUUCGGGCACAGCACAGGGAGUCAUUCAUCCAGAAGCGCUAUGGGAAAUACAAUGUGAGCGACCCCUUCCUGGCCCUGCAGAGAGACUAUGAGACUGUCCCGAAGGACAGGCGAGGAGAGGAGAGAGCAGCCUGCCCAAACCCCCUCUCCGUGCUCAAGCUAGUCAUGUCGCACUGCAAGACCAUGCAGGAGAAGAUGUUGUCUCAGCUGGCUGCUGCAGAGAGCAGGCACAGGAAGGUGAUCCUGGAUCUGGAGGAGGAGAGGCACAGGCACGCUCAGGACUCCGCCGAGGGAGACGAUGUCACUUACAUGCUGGAGAAGGAUCGGGAGCGUCUCCUACAGCAGCUGGACUUUGAGAAGUCGCAGGUAAAGAAGCUCGAAAAGGAGCAGAAGAAACAGUGGGUCCAGCUGGAGGAGGAACGUGCUCAACACAAGCAGCUUUCCACGGCUUUGACCAAAGAAUGCAAACAAGCAACAGCCAAAGCAGCAGAGGAAGAGCAGAGAUCCGCUGAGCUGGUCCUGGCGCUGGAGCGAGAGCAGAGCACAGUGCACCAGCGAGAGCAAGAGCUGCAGGCAGAGAGGAAGCGAGGCCUGCACAUGGAGGCACAGGCUGAGAAACAGCUCUCGGACUUCGAUACCGAACGGGAGCAGCUGCGAGCCAGACUGAAGAAAGAAGAGAGCAGGGCGAGGGAUCUGAAGGAAGAAGUGGCGCAGUUAAAGAAAGCCCUGGCAGAACUAAAAUCGGCAGGACAGACUCUGCAGGAAAUGCACAGUCUGGUGUCUGUAGAGACUGGGUUUGACUGCGUCGAUCUGAUCUCUACCGCCUGCCAAACCGAAAGCUUCCGAAUGGACACCACAGACGGGCCGAGCGAGUCGGCAUCAUCUGCAGCAACCAAGCCCUCCGUCCUUCCUGCUCCGCACUGCCAUCUGAACGGCCUCGGCAGCUCCGCCACACUGAAAGCCAGUGAUCUGCCUGAAGGAAGAGAAACCGAUCCCCAGGACAAAGCGUUUGCAAACCAGGAGAACGGCUUGGAGAAUGGCAGCUCCAGUGGCAUUCAUUCACCAGCGCAUUCGGCUUCACAGCUUCUGAUGAGCGUCUCGCCAAGCAGCACGGCCUCUUCCUCUCUGACCUCAUCUCCGUGUUCCUCUCCGGUGUUAACCAAGCGGCUGGGGGGGAUUGCAGCUGGAAGCCCCGGAUAUCAGUCCUCGUACCAGGCAGGAAUCAACCAGCGCUUCCAUGCGGCUCGUCAUAAGUUCCAAGCUCAGUCUGAACAAGAUGGCACGCCACAUUCUCCCCGGGAUUUGUCCCCCACUGCUGUGGAUAAUACUGCCGCCAAGCAGAUGGCUCGCAAUACAGUGACCCAAGUCCUGUCUAGAUUCACCAACCAAGUGUGCAAACCCACUUCCCCAAACAGCUCGCCAUUCGGCACGGACUACAGAACCCUGGUCUCCUCCGGCUCUCCCAAAGGAGAGUCGAGUCACUCCAGCCCUUUGAGUCCCCUGUCACCGGGGAUCAAAUCUCCAACUAUACCCAGGGCUGAACGGGGAAACCCACCCCCCAUUCCACCGAAAAAGCCGGGGCUUUCCCAGUCACCAGCGUCUCCAAAUCCCUCGACCAAGUCAUCCAGCCCAUCAAGCCAGCUGGUUUCCGCUGUGGACCUGCCGAACAGCUGCGGCCUGAACAACAGUGUGGCUGAAGUGGGCAAAGAGCUUGAUCUGUUAAUGCCAACAAGCAGCUAACUGCUGAGAUGGGCAAAGAGCUUGAUCUGUUAAUGCCAACAAGCAGCUAACUGCUGAGAUGGGCAAAGAGCUUGAUCUGUUAAUGCCAACAAGCAGCUAACUGCUGAGAUGGGCAAAGAGCUUGAUCUGUUAAUGCCAACAAGCAGCUAACUGCUGAGAUGGGCAAAGAGCUUGAUCUGUUGAUGCCAACAAGCAGCUAACUGAACCGCUCGCUGCUAAUAACAGUUAGCUGAUUGUUGGCAUCAUUGGAUCAAGCUGUUUGAACAUCUCGACAGUUAGUUUAUAGAAACACUGUUUUACUUAUUUAUUUUUCUAAUAGAUGAAGUGGAUCAUUUUUUUCAUAUUUUUAUUUCCCUCAUAUUUUACACACGUGACUCUUCUUCCUACGCCUCACCAUAUCAAUCUGAAAAUUGAACACAGACUUGGGUAGUUUUCUAAUGAAAUAAGUGCCUACCUAUUAUUACUACUACCACCCACCCACAAUCACUGCAGCUGUUCAUCUAAAUCUCUUUCGAAUGAAACCAAAUGAGAAUGUAUUUAAAACAGACUUUAUAUUGUGCUCCUCCUUCUGUUCACUAUCCUAUACCUGUAGAAGUUGCAAAUACUUGAAAUCAUUGUAGUUUCAGCAUAUAGGACCCUGGUCUCCUGUCAUUGUCAGCUUGUUUAUCUAUGUUUGUGUCAUGUAGUAGAUUUAUUCACGAGCAGAUACACUGAAUUUUUUUUAUUAUUGUUUGCUAAAAAGCAAGUGAUAAUGCACACCAUUUUUUAAUGUACCUUUUUAAUAUAAAUAUUUUAUAUAACAUGAAGUAACUAGGGGUGAAAAGAGAACCUGAUCUUCUUCAAGCUGCCGCUUGCUGUGAGUUCUGUAUCAUGCUUUUUCCGACAUUAGCAAUUUCACUGAUUUUAUACGAAUGCUUUGCAACUCAAAUAGUGAUGUUUUCCUUUCAACCCUUUUCAUAUUCUCUUUAUAGCUCACCUGAAUAUCUGCAUGUAAGAAAUAGGGUUAUAUAAAUAAGCUUCUGUUGUAAUGGAUGAUUGUCUAUAGCCAUGAAAUGGACCUCUUGACCAAGAGUAUCCAUGUACACACAUGUACCAGCAUUGCAAUAUUUUUUUCCAGUAAUCUGAAGCUUUUUUCUAAUGGUGCUUAACUGUAUCGGCAAUAAAAUAAGAAAUGGAGGAAAGGAAGACGUUGGCCUUGGUGAAGCGCUCUUUUGAGAAGUGCUUUUACUCCCAUUUUCUGGGAUCAAUGAAUUGUCAGCACAAUGCACGAUGACUUCAGGGAAAUAAAUCAGAUUUCUUACUACUGCUAGCAAUGAGCAAACAGAAAAGGAUUUUUAUUGUGGCUGUGGUUGCCUGCAGUGAGCAGCAAGCCCUUUUAAAUAAUGUAUUUCAAUAAUGAAAUGUUUGAAAUGACAGAAGUCCUCUUGUACUGGUUUCUAGUCGCACUGUAACCUUCAGCUUGGCUCAGCACUUCCCUUCCUGAAGCAGCAUUUUAAUUCAAUGCUGUAUGAAAAUGUAUGUAUGUAACAAAAUAUUACAUAUACUAAAUACAGUUUAUAUGGUAGUUUGAACAGUAAGCUGUUCAGAGCAAACUUACAGCCUUCAUAUUUUGUAUUCCUUUGCUAAUAAGCUGGAUAAUUACUCUAGAUUCAGGAAUGGUUACUGACCAUUGAGGAUCCUGACUGUCCUUCCCUUUGUCCCAUACAGCACAACAUACAGAUUAUGUAACACAAUCAAACUUCACUCAGUAAUCUAUCCAAACUAACUAAAGGCAGCAGAGCUGGCAAUAAGACCACUUUGUAGGGCUUUUUGAAUUGAGCUUCAUUGGAAAUUUGGAAUCACAGUAUUUUAAGAAUCUAAGAUUUUGUGCACCCUGAUGUGCAUUAAACGUGCUCUUUGGGAAAUUUAAGAUAUUUUAUCAGUUAAACAGUUUUGCAGAACAGUCCAGAUUAAUAGCAAUGUCCUGCACUCUGAGUCUGGGCUGCAGUGCAUAAUUCAGUAGCACUGAGACUUUGUUUUUGUUUUUGAACCAUGUAGCCAAUGCCAGUAGUAUAAAUAAUGUACAUUAUUAUUACUAAACCAGCUCACAAUUUACCUAUAUUGUGGAUUGAACCUUCGUAUUGCCUACUGGGUGAGUGUUGUAUUCAAGUCUGAGCACUUUGAAUAUAGCUUGCAACACUCAUUUUAAUAGAAGAGCAGAUUGUUUGAGUGAUGUUGUGUGGUGUUAAUUACUUGUGAAAUUACAUCAUCACUGGUUAGUUGAUUCUGUAAGUAAAGGGUAUUUAGUUUUUUUUAGGCUUUUUUUGUUUUCCUCCCAAUAAGAAUAACUGAAGUCUUCCUGUAACAGACAGGUCAUAUUAUAUUUUGUGUCCACUUAUUAUUAUGUCUUUUUUUGUAUAUGGACCAAAAUUGCGUAUGUAAAAAUAAAAUGACAUUUUAUAUAUUCAUAAUUAUACUAUACACACAAACACAUAGGGCAUGUAAUUAUUUUUCACGCGUUAAGUGCUGUGAUGUGAUUUUCUUUGUUUAUUUGCAAAUGAUUUUACUCAUUAAAUGCUGCUACUAACACCAUGUAAUACUUUUGAAAGAUCACAAGUUAUGCAACUUCAAGUGCCUUUUGAAUUUGCAUAUUGUAUAGGUUUUAAUUCUACCUAUAUUUACAUGUACAUGCAAUCGGCAAUAAUCAAUAAAAUGUCAAU